ACGAAAUUUAAAGUGUCAAGUGAAAAAUAAAAUUCGGCUCGUAGUCCCUGCCAGGUUGUAAACAAACUCCCAAGAAAUAGUUUGGCGUCUGUCUCGAGAGAUUUUCUUACAACGCCCUUUUCUCAUUUUUAUAUACCUCCAUGAACAGAUAGUGCAAGGGCAGCAACAAUGGGUCUUUGCGGCGACACUACAAGCCCCAUGAGAGAGGAGGAGCGUCGACCUACAGAUGUUGUUUGGCUUAUAUUUUUCUUCCUUUUCUUAGCACUUCUGAUAUUCAUUGCUGCUUUUGCUUUGGUGUACGGAGAUCCACUGAGAUUAGUGAAUGGAUAUGACAGUUUUGGAAAUGUAUGUGGAAGCAGCAAUGCAGACAUGGCAGACCACAAUGAUAGCAGAAUGAGCUUAUCAGGUUAUGAUACAACAGAUCGCAGAUACGUUUUUUUCUUCGAUGUCCAAGACCUGAGCGGCUCCACAAAAGUGUGUGUGAAAGAGUGCCCAGACCAAACACUCCAUACCUUUCAAGACAUACAGGACUUCUACCUGCGCACAGGCUCACAGCUCUGCAGGUAUGAUUACACAAAACAUGAAGAAGAUAUCAAUAAGAUGCAGUCCAUCAAUGCCCGGCAGGCCAACGAGAGCUUGCCAUCACCAGAAUGUCCGAGCCUCCCAGUAUACCACAGUGAUCCAGUGUUGAAUCGGUGUGUGCCAGUAGAAGGUGAAGGGCCAGCAGGUCUUGUGUACAAUCUCUAUGGAUACCUGAACUCUUUGGAUAUUCUGGAACAGGUGCUGGCAGAUCUCUAUGCAUCCUGGCAUCUGGUUCUUAUUUUCAUUUUCAUUACCCUUGGCAUCUCAUGUGUGGUGAUGCUAUUGUUGCAUUACAUGGCAGGACUUGUGUCAUAUGCCAUUAUGAUUGCAGUUAUGAUUGUUUCUACAGCAUUGACGGUUUUGUUGUGGUGGAGCUAUAUCAGUGUUCAUCUGCAGCUGGAUAAUGCUCCACUAGAUCAGAUACUGGAAGAGACAGUACGCAAUGAGAGAGCUCUCUUGAUCUAUGCCAUCAUUGCAACGAUUAUGACUGUGGCCUUGCUGGCUCUGGUGCUGUAUGUACGACCACACAUAACAAUGGUGGCCGAACUAUUCAAGCACGCAGGGGCCUGUCUGACUCGCCACCCAGGGUUGCUCCUGCAGCCAGUGAUUACGUUCUUCGUGCUUUUAGCCUUCUUCCUCUUCUGGGUGUGGGUUCUGAUGUCCCUUGCCACAGCCAAGCACUUAAGAAGUUCAAGACUACAAACAACCUUGCAAGAAGUGAUCAACAAUAAUUCAGCCAUUCUAAGCGAGGGUGACGACACCAACCUCACUUUUAUGCGUACACCCCAGCGUAUCCUGGAAUAUGUUGACCCUUCAUGGGUGCGCUCCAUGUGGUGGGUUUGGGUCCUCGGACUAGUUUGGGUUGCUGAGUUCAUCUUGGCAUGUCAGCAGAUGAUUAUUGCAUCAGCAGUUUCAACUUACUAUUUCUCACGACAAGAAGGCCGUGGCAAAGUUCGACACCCCAUUUGGUGGUCGUGGCGAACCCUUCUUCUCUACCAUCUCGGUACAGUGGCAAAGGGCUCACUUCUCAUCACCCUUUGCAAGCUACCUCGCCUGCUGAUACAAUGGAUUACCAAAAAAUGCAAGGACCCAGAACACAGCUGUGCAAGAUGUGGGCUAAGACUCUGCUGUUGUUGCCUCUGGUGCUUUGAACACUUCCUCAAGUACAUGAACCACAAUGCUUACACCGUCACAGCAACAAGAGGCACUGCAUUCUGCGAGUCUGCCAAGAUUGCAUGGCGUGUAGUCCUGACAAACAUGCUCCAGGUAGCUACAGUGAACAGCAUAGGUGACCUGACAAUUUUCUUGGCUAAAAUCACAGUAACAGCACUGGUAUGCUGUAUUGCCCUCCCUGUCCUACAUGCCAACCCUACUCUUCAUCUUUAUGCAGUACCGCUAAUCGUUACAGCUGUCUUUGCAUUCUUCAUCACCCACUGUGUUUUCUCUGUAUAUGAGAUGGCUGUGGACACUUUGUUCUUAUGUUUCUCUGAUGACUACAACACUUACGACACUACUGACGGGCGUGAGUUGGUGGCUGACAAAGAGCUAUACGAGUUCAUGGUGAAGCACGAAGACAUUGACAGAAAGAACUCAAGAAAGCCAAGGCGCCGUGACCCCCCUGAGACCAUUCGGUUCAAGGAAGGGGCGGUGUGAAGGCAGAGGAAGUUUCUGACAAUGCUUGCCGCUGCAGAAACUGAUUCCUUUUUACAUGCUCCGCCCCUUUCCGAGAUGGAAUAUUUACUAUGACUUUGGUAACCAAUGAUGGUUUAUAGAUUUAAAGAUAAAUGCAAUAAGAAUCAUGAUCAAUAGAUUGUUGCAUUUGACAGUAACACAUUUUUAUGUGUGACUCACUGACUCUGAUAAUCAUUGGCAGAUAUCAUAGAGGAGUUUGAAAGUAAUGUAACACUAAUGGAAUGAAAGAAUAAUACUCUUAUUUAAAUAAAAUGUUCAUAAUUAAGGAUAGCGAAAUGACUUCUAGAAAGUGUCCAGGGUGUGGUAAUAGAUAAGAAAAUGCAUUAUUUAACAGGUAACAGUAUUGACAGAAAUUGCUAAUUGCAUUAAGCUCAAUAUUUGAUAUCAGAACUCUUAUUUGUAUUUUCAGGAAAUAUAUCAGUAAGCACAGGGAACUCAUUAAGGAGACUUUUAGGUUAUGUUAUAAUUUCUUAUUAAUAGUUUUCCUAAGUUUUCCUAACAAUAGUUCUACUAAUAAGAGUCAUACAUACCAUCCAAAGUGUAUAUUUUACUUAGGGAACUCAGACCUGAUCUCUUUUUCUUUUCUUUUCUUUUUCUCUUACUUUUUAUCAUUUUAUGACUUUUUCUUUUUGUUCUUUUUGAUGUUAUUGGUUUCUUCUUGUUUAUCUUCUCUCUCUUUGUUAUUUUCUUUUUCUUUUUCUCUCUUUUUCAUCCCAUACUAUCAGCCAUCAGUGUACUUACUUAUGUGUAAAUAUGUUUUUCUUUCUUUUUAAGUGAUAAUCUGCAGUUAAUGAUACUGGAAUAUCAUCUGUGAUAUUUCAAGGUCAUUUAGAAAUUCCUCUUUAUAUUUUAAGUCUGUGAUUUUUUAAUAUGUGAUAAAACUAUUUUCAUCUAAAUGAAAUUUUCCUCUUCUCAACUAAUAUCUAUAUAUUUGUACUUUUUACAUUUGCGUGGACACACAUGUUUCGAGAUAAUUGGUGUUUUGGCAAUAGCGAAAAGCUAGAAUUUAGUUAUAAGAAAUUCAAAUUUAGUUUCUUCUCUUGGUAAGAAUUCUUCAGAGAUUUGCAAUUUAUUUUAAUGGUAGUAGCACAGAGAUUGAACGUUGCAGCUGGUAAUAUAACAUUAGAUACAUUAUUUUGUUAUGAGCUCCAAAUACUGAGUCACAACUCGUCAUCCACCAUACCUGAAGGAUAGUACAAGACAGAUUUGUACCAUUUGUUUUGUUUUGUUUUGUCUGUUUCGUUUUGUGAUAAAUCCUGUGCAAAUGCAAGAAAUGUUUGUAUAUACAAAUUCACCUUCCCAAAUUUAGUAAUUGGUAAGCAAUUGGCAUAUAAAUGCUCUAUUGUGAUGAUCCACCAUUUGUCCAGCAUACAUUAUAAAUACCCUGUGCAAGUCUGUUAGGGUCACCUUUACACUUGUAAUGGUGAGUGGUGUCCUCACAAUCAUUUAGGAUUUGACUUACAUUUCAGAGGAAUUUUAGUCAAGUGAUGGAUAUGGAAGGCAGAGGCAUGACAGUAGUUUGUUAAUACUCAAAAGAGGUUAGUUGAAAUAUUAGAGAAGCUGUUUUUAAAGUGUUAUGAGUGAGUAGUCACCUAUUCACUAUAAUGGAGGGUUACAAGAAAGGUUUGGGCAUUGGCAGUUUUUCUAAUUCAUGUUGUACUUUUUUACAUUUAGUUAAUUUUUUCUUCUCAUUGCCCAAACAGUCAUUUUUAGCAUAGAAAUUGCUGUUUUGUUAUAUGUUAAAGAAUAUGAUAUAGGGAGUCCUGUAGGUGUAAGGCUGAGCAAAAAUGAAUUGAUUUGGUAUCAAAUCAUUGUGAUGGAACUUUUGCAGCUUUGAAAAAAAAUUAUUUUUUGUUUUGUUGAGUCCUUGAAAAAUUCUGAUUGAUACAUCUGUCUGUAGUAAGGGAUUGAUAUACAUCAGAAAUUGUAAAUGUGUAGGUUCAAGAGCCUUUGAAUGUUGAACAUAUUUUAUGAAGGAAAAUGAAAUAUGCUGAAAGAGAAUAUGUUAAAAUACUGAUGACCUGUGAUUAUCACCAUAGGGAUUUUUCAUUCUGUAAUAGCGGAAAAAAGUGCCUGAAUGAAAAAAAAACAGGAAAUUUAUCCUGUAUCAAGGGAAAAGACAACAUUAGAAACAAAAGACAUAAUGCAAUUUUAACAUACCAAAGGUUAUCAGUGUCCAUUAAAUAAUCUGUUAGCACUUUUUGAUCCAGAAAUAUUUGGUAAGAUGUACAUAAUUGUUAUAUUAGGUUAAGCUUGUGCUUGGUUUGCAUCAGUUAUGUUCCAUCCUGAUAUAAGCAAAAUGUACUUAUAAAAUUUGUUAACUUAUUGCACAGAAUACAAAAUAGAAUACUAAAAUUUCAAGUGGAAAAUUAACUCCCUUUUUUUUAGGUAAGUUGAGUGAUAGUUUCCAUUUUCCAUUUCUGUUUUGAUGUUUGAUUCUUUUAGAAAUUUUAUGUUUUUCGGGGAAAAGUUUGUAUAUUUUAGUAUCUUUAUAACUUCAGUUUUGUGUAUCAUAUAUUUCUUUAGAUGUUAAUGGAAUGGGAUAACUGUAAACGAAAAAGAAAAUGAAAAAAAAAGCACAUCUUUGUAACUAUGAUAAAAAGCCAGGAUUUUGGCAAAAUAACAAAGUAUUUAUAAGAACGGGAUAUACAUGACACAAAGGAACUUUGUAAUGUAAGUGUUGAUAUGUCGUUAAUAUAGAAUCAAAUACUGUUGAAAAAGGUUUAUUUGCCUAUAGAUCUGUAAUUAAGUGUUGUACAGAAAUAGAACAAAAGCGUUAGGUCUAAUCUUUUUCUUUCUUUUUUGUUUUGGAAAUUACUUUCAUGGUUCAGCUAGGUAGGCCUUCUUUAUUGCAUGGUAAACUAGCUAGCAGGUUUUCUGCUGUGUAACCUCGAGACUUUCCUUGUGAAAGUCUUGUCAUGUGAAAAUUGGCAAGGUAAAAAAAAAAAGAUAUGUCAUUAUUUUUGGUAUGCCGAAAUGUGUAGACAUUCCAUAAAAAUCGGUGUUUUUUUCUUUCUUUCCAGUUCUUUUUUUUCUCUCUCUUUAGACCAGUAAAUAAUGUGCUGAAUAAUGUUUGGAUGUAGUUCUCAAAACACCUAAACUAUUGUAGGUGAUGUGCUAAAAGGUCGCAGGGAACCAUGACGUCAGAAGGAUAUGUUUUUAUUUUUUAAAGGAAUGUAAGCCAUGUAAUAAUGAAAGAAGAAAAUAAA